UAAAGAGAUGGGGCUGUUACAGCAGUUACCAAAGAAAUUUUAGGCAAGUACAGAUUUAAUUGUGUCAGAAAUCUUUGGCAGUUUCUCAAGAAACAAACAAACCAGCUAGAAAUGAAAUUUUCCAUUCAUACAACACACAUGACACAACCCAUGUUCUGAUUUCUUUAUUCAGGAAAUACUUGCUGCCCCUGUCCACAACCAUCAUCAUCUUUUCAUAUCUUCUUUAGAUUUUCAGUCCCGGUUUCAAGUUUUUAUCUUUGGCUUCAGUCAUGCAUUUAUGCUCUCUCUUGUCGCUCUCUUCUUUCCCAUUUUUCUUGUGAGAGUUGUUGCCUCAGAUCUGCAAGUGAACUGGGUCUGCUGAUGGAAGGUGUGCGGGUGUAAGAAAGAGUUGCAGGUGGGUUUCCCUGGUGUUUUCUCUUUUUAUUUCUGCCACGGCUUUCAACAAGGAAAAUCAAAUGCCAGCUUGUAGUAAAGGAAGCCCCAUAAGUUCUCGAGGUGUGUGGCAGAUGGUGAAGGUCCCAGGAAUGGAGGUUUGGGGCCUAAUACUUGUGGUGAUGGUCUCUGUGUUUGUUGGGAAUGGAGAAGCGCAGACAAAGUCUUUGUUGAUAAACUGUGGCACAAAUUCCAGUGUUAAUGUGGAUGGUAGGAGGUGGGUGGGUGACUUGGCUCCUGAAAACAAUCUUACCCUAAGUUCUCUGGGUGUUGCUGCCUCCACAGACACAUUUAGCGGGGAUACAACCUUUGCUCAGCUCUAUGAAACUGCCCGGAUUUUCCCAGAUAGUUUGAAUUACACAGCUAGCCUAAACCAGGGAAACUAUUCUGUUAGGCUCCAUUUCUAUCCAUUCUCCUUUGAGAAGUACAACACAAACGAAUCUUCAUUCAGUGUGGUGGCAAAUGGUCUUAAGUUGGCAUCCCAAUUGAAUGUUCCUGGUGAGAUUUCGCACAAGAAUUCAUAUUUGCAGAGUUCAGGAAGUAAUUCAAGUUCAUUCUCUAUGAUUAAGGAAUAUUUCCUGACUGUUGAUUUGGGUCUGCUUGUGAUUGAGUUUGCCCCAACUAAAGGAUCAUUUGGGUUUAUAAAUGCCAUAGAAAUUGUCCCAGUUGUAGAUAAUCUCUUCUUCAGCUCUGUCAGUAAAGUGGGUGGAACAAAUAGUGUUCUGAAUUUGAGCGGUCGGGGUAUUGAGGCUAUGUAUAGAUUGAAUGUUGGAGGUCCUGAGAUUACACCAGAUCAGGAUUUGGAUCUAUGGAGGACAUGGGAAGUGGAUUCCAGUUACAUGUUCACAGCAAAUGCCGGGUCAGAAGUUCAUAAUAGUUCCAAUAUUACCUAUGCUUCCAUGAAUGAUUCAGUGGUUGCCCCUCUUGCAGUGUAUGAAACAGCAAGAUCUAUGUCUAACACUGAAGUCCUGGAGAAAAGGUUCAACAUGUCAUGGAAAUUUGAAGUGGAUCCCGAUUUUGAAUAUUUAAUUCGAUUACAUUUCUGUGAGCUGUUUUAUGAAAGGGCAAACCAGAGGAGCUUCAGAAUCUACAUUAACAACAGGACUGCAGCAGAUAAUUUUGAUGUUUUUUUGCGAGCAGGAGGGAUGAACAAGGCAUAUCAUCAGGACUUUUUGGAUAUGGUGUCCUCAAAAAUCAACACCCUUUGGAUCCAGCUGGGUCCUGAUACAACGGUAGGUGCCUCAGGAACUGAUGCUAUCUUGAACGGGCUGGAGAUUUUCAAGCUUAGCCGUAAUGGGAAUCUUGCCUAUGUAGAGAGGUUUGACUCAACCAAGAGUUCAGCAGGCAGCAAAACUUCAAAAACUCAAACUCUUUGGGUGGGACUUGGAGCCGGUGUGGCUUCCAUUGCUAUGAUGGCUGUCAUAUUUAGUCUCAUCUUCUAUUUCUGCAAAAGAUGGAGAAAGAAAUCAAGUGCCACCAAGAACAAAUCCCCAGGUUGGCGGCCACUAUUCCUUCAUGUAAAUAGCACCAAUGCCAAGGGAAUGAGUCAAAGUCUAAGUGUAUCUUUGGCCUCUAAUAGAGCUGGCAAGCGGUUUACAUUAACAGAGAUUCGGGCAGCAACAAAUAAUUUUGAUGAAAGUUUAGUGAUUGGAGUAGGAGGCUUCGGUAAAGUCUAUAAAGGGGAGAUUGAUGAUGGCACUCCUGCAGCAAUUAAGCGAGCCAACCCACAAUCUGAGCAAGGACUGGCUGAAUUUCAAACUGAGAUCGAGAUGCUUUCAAAGCUCAGGCACAGGCAUUUGGUGUCCAUGAUUGGAUUCUGUGAAGAGCAGAAUGAGAUGAUCUUGGUUUAUGAGUAUAUGGCAAAUGGGACCCUUAGAAGCCAUCUCUUCGGGAGUGAACUCCCACCUUUAACUUGGAAGCAACGAUUAGAAGCAUGCAUUGGGGCUGCUCGAGGGCUCCAUUACCUUCAUACAGGAGCAGAAAGGGGAAUCAUCCACAGGGAUGUUAAGACUACCAACAUACUGAUAGAUGAAAACUUUGUUGCCAAAAUGGCUGAUUUUGGAUUGUCCAAAACUGGUCCUGCUUUGGAACAUACUCAUGUUAGCACUGCAGUUAAAGGAAGCUUUGGGUAUCUUGACCCAGAAUAUUUCCGACGACAGCAGUUAACGGAGAAAUCUGAUGUUUACUCCUUUGGUGUGGUGUUGUUUGAAGUUGUUUGUGCACGGGCCGUCAUAAAUCCAACUUUGCCAAGAGACCAGAUCAAUCUUGCAGAAUGGGCUAUGCAUUGGCAACAGCAGAGGUCACUUGAAACCAUCAUUGACCCACAUCUCAAAGGAAAUUAUUCUCCAGAUUCGUUGAGAAAAUUUGGGGAGAUAGCAGAAAAAUGUCUUGCUGAUGAGGGAAAGAACCGGCCCACAAUGGGGGAAGUUCUAUGGCACUUGGAGUAUGUCUUGCAACUUCAUGAAGCUUGGCUGCGCACCAAUGUUGGAGAAAACUCGUUUUCAAGCAGUCAGGCUUUGGGAAACCUUGAAGAGGGACUGGAAUCUGCACAUCUAGAUGAAGAAAAUGAAAUAGGCCUGAAAAUGAAGCAAAAGAGAGAAUCUGCAACAAGGGGAAUCAAUGCAUAGAAUGCUGCAAACCCAGUAUGACGAGUUCUCACAACAUGCUUCUGCAGAUGACAGGUGAGAACUAGAGAUUGUAUUCUAGUUACAAUGUUUCAUAGCUCUAAAUUCUUUAAAAUUUGUUCUACUUUAGUCCAUACCCGCCUGAAUUUACCCAUUACAAUAUCGAUGAAACUGUGGAAAAGAUGAUAUAAUGUGAUAAGUGUCUCAAAUAUUGCAUAUGGUUGUAGGAGAGUGCUAAACUGAAUUGGCUUGUGAUCCUAUAUUUUUCGGGGUCCUUCCUUCUCAAGGGCUCAUUAACAUGUAACAUUCCCAGUUCUGUAUUUUCUGCUUUGAUUCUAUGAAAAGAUAUCCUGCUUGAGCAAAUGAA